CUAGUUGCGCUAAGCCUUAGGUUGGGAGGUACCUAGGUAGGUACCCCCUGGCGUUUUAUGUACAUACUAAUGUAUACACGUACCGGGGUAGGUUAGGAGGUACCUCUAGGCAGCUUAGGUACCUAUUCGGUACCUAAAUUGACGACCGCGGAUGCCUGGUAGAUCAAUAAGGACGGAGCUUGGGACUUGCCUUAGGUACCGUAGGUACCUAGCAUGAGUCGAGGCCAACUACCUCUCAUAGUAAUGGCCACUGCGUACGCAACCUGUAGGUAAUCGUAUCAACCCCGGCCUACCUGAUACAUUCAACAACAUACCGACCUACGUAAAGCUUCCUCACCACCACAACUCGCCAUUUCGAUCUGUUGCCGCGCAACUCGCCAUCGACCAGACAAACCAACCGCGUUGGUCUCCAUCUCAAGAACGAGCCCGUCGCAAAUCCUCUCAUCACCACAUAGUACCUGACCCGUACUCGGCCCUCCGGAAGCCCUUGCACGAUGAUGGGAAGCUGGUGGUCGUCCUCGGCCAACAGCGCCUUGGACGAGCAGAUCGAAAAGGCGACCGGGAGCAGCCUAGAGGACAUUCCCCUCAAUCUCGAGAUCUCCGACGUCAUCAGGUCCAAGACGGUACAGCCCAAGGAAGCUAUGCGCUCGCUAAAGCGUCGCAUCGGCAACAAGAAUCCCAACACUCAGCUGAGCGCGCUCAAUUUGACAGAUACUUGCGUCAAGAACGGCGGCUCCCACUUCCUUGUCGAGAUCGCCUCUCGAGAGUUCAUGGACAACCUCGUGUCCCUCCUUCGUGCAGUCGGUCCCGCCGCGGUGAAUAUCGAAGUACGAGCCAAGAUACUCGAGUUAAUACAGUCCUGGGCCGUGGCAACCGAUGGCCGCUACGACCUGAAGUACAUAGACGAGACCUACAAGGCCCUACAGAGGGAAGGCUUUCAGUUCCCACCUCGGACCACCGUGGCGAGUAGUAUGAUUGACAGCAGCGCCCCGCCUGAAUGGAUCGACUCCGACGUUUGUAUGCGGUGUCGUACUCCGUUCACCUUCACAAACCGUAAACACCACUGUCGCAACUGUGGCAACUGCUUUGAUCAGCAGUGUUCUGCUAAGACGCUCCCUCUGCCUCACUUGGGCAUCAUGCAGCCCGUCCGAGUCGAUGACGGUUGCUACACUAAACUGACCGACAGGUCCAACAAGGGAGGGUUCAGUAGAGAAGAGCGCACUCCGACGAGCCCGACCUUCCCGCAUAAGAAUCGCAGCACAACAGCCAUGCAACCUCGGAACGCCCGAGUUGACGACGCGUUCGACGAAGAUCUGAAGAGGGCUCUCGCAAUGAGCCUAGAGGACGUCCAGAACCAUUCGAGAGGUUAUGUCCCUCCUACAGACAAUGCCCCUUUAGCAACACAAGUGAAAACGAACGGCCACUCCCCUACACCCCUGGCAGCAGCGACGGGUGCAUCUGAGGAGGAGGAUGAAGACCUAAAAGCAGCCAUCGCGGCCUCCUUAGCAGAUAUGGAAGAGCAAAAGCAAAGACAUGCUGCCGUCUUAAAACAGCAAACAACCAACAUCGAGAGCACAUCGGCCGCCCAUUUUACUCUACCAAAGAAUGACUACGAGCUCACUCCCGUAGAAGCUGAAAACAUCAACCUCUUUUCAACGUUGGUGGAUAGGCUGCAGACCCAGCCGCCGGGCACCAUCCUAAGAGAACCGCAGAUUCAGGAACUUUACGACUCUAUUGGGGCGUUGCGACCAAAGUUGGCGCGCACGUACGGAGAAACCAUGAGCAAGCAUGAUACGCUUUUGGACCUGCAUGCGAAAUUGUCUACUGUGGUCCGGUAUUAUGACAGGAUGUUAGAGGAGCGCCUCUCCAAGGCGUAUAACCAACAUAGCAUCGGCAGCUACAGUUUACCCAACCUCAGACAACAACCCAAUCCGUAUCCGUCCAUAGAUUCUGCCGCAGGUAGCAGUUCUGCGGCGGCAGAAAACUUCUAUACCGGCGAGCGCCCUCCGGACCCUGCCAGAAUAGCUAGUAGUCACCAGUAUCUGCAACACGUCCACCCAGGCCCACAACAGCAAUUCGCUAGUUACGAUAAGCGAGCGUCAGUAUCGAUGCCUCCGAGCAACCCAUACCCACAGCACGCCCCUCCGAGAAGCGAUAGCUGGCAGAAGCCGCAGGGACCGUCAGCGCCGGCUCAAUAUCCCAGCCAGGCAAACUUCGCUCCGAACGAGCCUCCACCCCCACCUAACCUCGCAUCCCAUCCUUCCCCCCAGACUCCCCUUAAUAGAGCCACCGAGCCGGUCGGGACGCCGGUCGCAGAGCCUAAUGCCUCAUAUUACUAUCACAGCUCACAGUCGAGCAACGACCGCAACACGCCGACUAUCCCUCCCGAGGCUGCGCCUUCGCCCUACCCAAGCCUUCAGCACAACUUAAACUACAAUAGGCAAUCCGUUCCACCAACACCCGCCUCGGCGCCCGCGCAACCAUCCCAGCCUCCGCAACAAUAUCAGCCGCCUAGCCAGCAAGCGCCGCAACCGUAUUGGCAGCAGCAUGCAGGCCAAGGAACGCAAGUAUAUCAGACCAGUGGUGCAGAAUACCCGGGGUUCACCCAGGAAACGUUCCCUGCCGCUCCUCGACACGCGCCCCAGCAGCCUGUGGUAGAAGAAAGCUUGAUAGAUCUAUAAUGACGGCCAGAUAGGGCAGAUGUUUUUUUGUCGGCGCACUGAGGGUGUCUCUUGUUUAUGGGGAUGGUGUAUUCGGGACUGAGCCCCUUU